AUGAUGGCAUCCCAAACUUCCCUUGAAGAAAAAAUUGUGGAGCUAGAAAAUUCAAAGCAAAUACCCCAAAAUUCACGAACACAGAUACAAAGGGUGGCAGAGUAUCUCAAAAAUAGAAAAGACUUUGAGAAGCACUACUCACCCAAAUUGGUGUCAAUAGGUCCUAUCCAUCAUGGCAAUACAAGCAAUGCAAAUCUGAAGUUAGGAGAGAAGUACAAGCUUACGUGGGCAGCAAAAUACAUCGAAAAUGCAGGACUUAAUCCAUGCGAUCUACACAAAAAGAUUAUCGAUAACAUUGAUGAACUGAAGGGUCAUUUUAGUGACGAUGUUUUAACUUUAGCUGGAAAGUCUCUUGAAGGCUUUGGAAGCCUCGAAGAAAAGCUGUCAUGGAUGUUGUUCGUGGAUGGAUGUUCUUUGUUGUAUAUCUUAGAGAAAGCCAAGCUUGAUGAACCUGGGCACAUGAAUAUUAAAGUUGAUCAACUGGUUCUUGUGAUGAUGGAUGUGCUUCUGUUGGAGAAUCAACUUCCUUACGUAGUACUCAAGCUAUUGUGGAAAGAUAACAAUGAGAGUGAAUUGAUAAAAAGCAUGAAAAUGUUCCUCACUCGGCAUCCUUGGGCUACACUAGAAAGUAUACUCGAGUUGCUUACUAUAAUAUCUUUUAGUUGGGAAAAGCUACCCACUCAUCUUCUUGAUCUUCAGCGCAACAUCAUCCUCUUCACUCAAUCCAAGAGUCCGAAGAAUUUGGAGAGUCAUGUCAGAAAGAUGUCAUACAGGAGCGUACAAAGUCUAAGAGCAGUAGGAAUACGACUUAAGUCAACCGCGACACGAAAUCCACAAAGCAUAGAAUUCGCUGAAGGAUGGUUCACUGCGAAAUUGACUCUUCCUGAGAUCGUUGUGGACGAUAGAUCAGCCGCUACUAUCCUUAACCUGAUAGCAUACGAGAUGUGUCCAGAUUUUGAGAACGACUAUGGAAUUUGUUCUUUUGCAACUUUCAUGGACUCACUCAUCGACCAUCCUGAAGAUGUGAAGUUAUUGAGAUCAAAAGGGAUUUUGCUCAAUUCACCUUGGAGUGAUGAGGAAGUUGCCAAUCUUUUCAAUAGCAUACGUACUAACUUUAUACCUGACACAGAAAUAUAUUUUAAAGUUAGAGCCAAAAUAGAUGAACAUUACUGUAAUAGAUGGAAGACAUGGAUAGGGCAGGGUUUGAACACUUACUUCAGCAAUCCUUGGGCCUUCAUUGCAUUCGUUGCUGCAUUUAUCGCCCUUGCUCUUACUUUAAUUCAGACAUGGUUUACAGUUCAACCGGCUAGUAAAUAAAGGUGGUUUGUUAUGGCAAUGUUGCUUUCUUAAGAUUAAAAUUUCGUAACAAAAAUAGGUCAAGUGUGUUGGUAAUACACCACACAU